ACGUGCUGACGUGAAAAAUGGGGUCAGAACUUAAUUUGAAGUCUGUUUAACCGACAAGCACAAGUUGCUCACAGAAUGAAGUAACGUGACAAAAUGAGUCCGGUUCAUAGCCUCCUAAUUCUCAGUCUUUCCGAGUUCGCAAACUCUAUCACUCGAAAUUAUUAUAUCGCAGUCAAAGAAGAAACAUGGGAUUACGCACCCAGCGGCGCAAACGUCCUUACAAACCAGGAUCUGGAACGGGAUGAGAAUGCAGCAGUAUUUCUUACAGGGAGCAAAAACAGGAUUGGAAGUUUGUACAAAAAGGCCAUCUAUAAACAGUUUACCGAUGGAACUUACUCAAAUGAGGUUCCCAAACCUGACUGGCUUGGAUUUCUUGGCCCACAUAUAAGGGCAGAGGUGGAAGAUUUGAUUGUUAUUCACUUCAAAAACUUUGCAUCACGUCCCUAUUCUCUGCAUCCUCAUGGAGUCUUCUACAAGAAAGAUUCGGAAGGUGCUUUUUAUCCUGAUCCAACAUCAGGUAAACAUAAGGUGGAUGAUGCUGUUCCACCAGGAAGAAGCCACAUCUAUACAUGGAUGGUCAAGAAAGAGUCUGCACCUACAGAUGCUGACCCACCCUGUUUAACUUGGAUUUACCACCAUUCCCAUGUAGAUGCUCCAAAGGAUAUUUCCUCAGGAAUUUUGGAUGAUGUGACACUGAACCGCAAAGAUGUUGACCAGGAUUUUGUCAUGAUGUUCAGCAUUGUGGAUGAAAAUCUGAGUUGGUAUUUAGAUGAUAAUAUAAAUGAGUACUGCGCUCUACCAUCUGCAGUUGACAAAGAUGAUGAAGCUUUUCAGGAAAGCAAUAAAUGCAUUGAGCCGGGAGGUUGCAGACUUCGAGGAGUGAGACUGGAACUGGCUGCGGAUAAGAUGGUCACUCUGGUAUCGGCUGGCCUGCCUCUCCUGCUCAUCUCUCUGGCCUUUGCUCAAGAAAUCUCAGUAGGUACCCAGAUUAGUUGCUUCUCCCCAAGUUCUUUUUCUUGGCGACAAGCAGCUUAUGUUGAUGCCUACUGCUGGGCUUCGCUGCAUCGACCUUUACCAAAGCAUGAUGCAGAAAGAAUACCACUGUGGCUUCAUAAGGUGUUUCCAUAUGUUCUUCUGCUCGGAGCAAUCCUUAUGUAUAUUCCGGCCUUAUUUUGGCAGUUCACUGCAGCACCUCAGCUUUACGGAGAAUUGAAUUUUAUAAUAGAAGAGCUUGAUAAGGCUUACAAUCGUGGAAUCAGAUUAGCACAGCACAUUGCCAGCACCAGUGGAUUUGAUGUCAAUGGCUGGCCCCAAUCCUUUGGGGAGCCGAGUGGUGCCAAGGAGAAAAGGGAGAACUUUUUCCAAUUCCCAAUCGUGGAGCGUUACUUGAAAUCGAAAGAAGACUCCUGGAGUAUGUUGACGUUAUAUCUUAUUCGCAAAGGCCUUGCUCUCUCAUUUCUUAUACUUGCCUGCAUUUACUUGGGAUAUUACAUCUCUCUGACCUUUCUCACGGAUGAAUUCAGAUGUUCAGUCAAAACGGGUAUCUUGGGGAAUGAAACAAGCAUACCAGAAUUUUUUCAAUGCAAACUAAUUUCUGUUGGAAUUUUUCAACUUCUAAGUAUUGUCAAUAUUGUUGUAUAUAUCCUGCUUAUACCAGUUGCAGUGUAUGGCAUGAUUUUUCCUUUCAGAAAAAACUUCACCUUUCUAAAGGUAUAUGAACUUUUGCCACAGUUCGAGGUGAUAAACAUUACAAAAGGCUAUUGGAAUGACUUGAAUCUGUACCUUCUAUUUCUGGAAGAAAAUAUUAGUGAAAUAAAAUCACACAAGUGCCUUAAAGUGCUAGAACAUAUAAAAGGUAAGGGGUCAUUAGAACCAUCCAUGAUGGAUGCAAUGAUGCCUUUAGUAGCCCUUGGACAAGUGAAGGCGGAUACAGUGGAUGGUUUGGCCAAACACAAGAAAGCUGAUCAAAAAUCGGACCCUAAUGUGGACCAGAAUGCCACACAACUGAAAGUAAUUACUAAAUCAGCUUCUGUAGAAGAUGGGAUCAGAUCCACUGAUGAAGAAAGAAAUGAGUCCAUGGCUCUGCGACAAAGACUUCUGGAAUCUCAAAUUUACAAUUCAAACUGUUAAAACAUGGAAUUAACAAUGUGCAUCAGCUCCUAAAGAUAAAUAUUGAUUUAUAAGAGUAUCAGCAACCUAUAUAUUUGUUGUUGGAACAGUGAACUAUAGAUUGCUCAAGUUGUCUGUUUAGCCUUAAUUGUUUGUUACCUGGGAAAGUCUUCAUUCCUUAAAUGUAUACUUUGCCUUUUAAUGUGCAUUUCUCACAUUCUUCUAAGUAAAUAUCAGCAUUUAAGCAAGACUGUUGAGUCAGCUCAAAAUAGAGUGCAGAUUGACAAAUCUGGUUAAAAUUAAUCAGAUAAUGCUGAGCUUAACUCAAUAGAGUUGAAGUCUAAUUUUUAAAGAAGUAUUUAUACUAAGAUUGGAAUAAUGUCAUUUUUAUUAUCUCUUAUUUGGAGAUCUGAUUGUGGAUAAGGUAUUCAUUAUAGAGCUUUUGGGUUAAUGGUAGAAUUUUUACCUCCUGAGUCAGAAGAGUAGCACUGAAGCUUCAUCUUAGAUAGCCCAGAUGAGCUGAGACUAUAAUAUGGUCAUCACAGUAUUUAUUCAUCAAGGUGCUCACAUCUGGAUUCCCCCCACAUUAAAAUACAAAGGGUAGAUAGUGUAACAUUGUCUUGGUUGCAAUCUCGAAGAAGAUUCUGUGAUGAUAAGACUCUUGACAACAGUGAUGGGAAGCCAAUCCAGCUAUUUGUAGUAAGUGGCUUAGGACGCUCAUGCGAUACUUGAGUUGAGAUCUGCCCUGGGAAAGAAUACAAUAGAUGGAUUGUUUUGACGCAACUAUAGAAACCUAAUUAUUUUAGAUUAAUUAAAUACAGAUGCUGUGUAUUUGAGGGGGAAGUGCUCUAAAGUUAAACUUAUUAAAAUGAUUGCCCAGUUAUGGAAUAUAAAAUAUCUUUCUCAUGUUAUUCAAUUCUUUUUAUCACUCAAAGCAGUUGGAUCUUUGGGAAUUUUAGAAACACAUAUUGGUCAGAGCUUUCCACUGUUGCAAUUUCCAGCUUAGUUUUAUCCAUUUCAGUGAUUAGGAGGGCAGUUGCAACUGGUGAGCAUAGAGCUGGAAAAUCCCAGCUAUUAUUCAACUUGGGUGGAAUUUCCCCAUGGAAUAUAGCCAGAAAAAAUAAUAACUCUCUGAUGUGUCUGUGUUUAGGGUUUGUAAUUCCACUAGUUAUAAAGAGUCAAAAGCUAAAGUAAAUGUUUUUCAAAGAAACUAGUCAACUAGGAUACACUCGGCAAUUGACUGUGUCUCACACGUAAGCCGAAAAAGAAAAGAUACUGAAUUAGUGAAGCAAGUCAAUCGUCCCCUGUAGAAGAUGAAUCUGGUUUUCAGCUUUCAAAGUGCCCUGUACAAAUGAACCUGUGUGAUAUGAGGGUAUCUAUUUCUUUUAAAUUUCAGAUGUGCAGUUUCUUGUUUUGUGUUUUAUUGAAAGUAGGAGUUGUUACUGUGGAAUGCCACAAAUAUUUACUGUGGAAUUUUGGAAAAUGUAGCAAAUGAAAAUUAUUUAAAGUCACUUGAAACUCGGCUAGCAUUAUUUUCAUUUUAGCUUUGAAUUUAUUCUUUACACCAUAAGGGAGAUAAGUGAUCUCCACUUGUAAUGCUACAUCAAACUCCAUAAAGACAGGCCCCUUAGUGGUAAUCAAUCUACAGCAAUAGACUCUGAUUGUGGGAUGCAAGCUUACAGGGAUAUCAAAUUUAUUCAUGAACAAUUUUAAUACAAUUCUUGUUCCAGAUGUUAUGUUGGUGCAGAUGUGUGUUAUUCAGCCUCUCUAGCCAGCUCUGCUGUUCAGCUGCAUUAUUACAGUAUUGUACUUUCAUUCCAUUUACCUGUCUUUGAUCUAUAUUCUUUGAUAACUUUGAAUAAAAAUCCGUGCUCUAAUCAUGAAAGCUUAAAUUGAUCCACUAAUUAGAGGGAGAGGA